GAACUUUCUCUCUCUCUUCUUCUUCUCCUCCUCCUCCUUUCUUUUUUCUUGUUUUUCCACACUUCCUUCUCCCUUGUCUUCCUUCCAAGAACCACCAUCUCUAAUCCCUUUUUAACCAUUCAUACUUUAUAUAUUUAUUUUAUAUAUAUAUAUAUAGACUUCUUCCUCUUGAUUCUUGUGUAGUUGUGUUCCUUGAGCUUUGGAGAUCAAGAUGGACAAGCUAAGUGUUAACCAAAAGAGAGGAGCAAAGCAAGCAAAGAGCAAGAGAAAAGCUCCACUCAAAGUGGUGUACAUCUCCAGCCCCAUGAAGUUUGAGACAAGCGCUGCCAAAUUCCGGGAGCUUGUCCAGAGUGUCACUGGCCAAGAUUCCGACAUAGAUAGUUUGCUUGGAUUCCAUGGAAGUAGUACUACUGUUGAUGUUAAGGUUUCUUUGCCUGCUCAACCUGAUAGUGUUAACCAUGUGGUGGAGAUAAACCAUGGUGGUGUGAAUGAUGGUUUGGGUUUUGGGACUGAAGGUUCUCCUUGGCCUUCUAUGUUUUAUGAGUCUCCGGUUAUGUAUGACACCCCGGCUUCCGUCUCUGGUGCCGCCAUCACCUUUCGGGCUUUCGAUUAAGUGUGAGUUGGUAUGGAUGAUGAUCUACCUAGCUUUGCUAGCUUUGUAUAUGAUUGUGUACGUCAUGAGCUUUUGUGAAUUGUGGAGUAGCAUUUACUUGUAUGUUAAUGUUGGAUUUGAAAGCUCAUUGGCUUGUUGGCAUUUGUAUAUGGGGAUUUGAUCUUUUGCUUGAAUGCAAUUGCUAUGCUAAAGGGGAAAGGUUUGAUUGACUAGAAAUAUCUAGAAAUUAAUGAGAUCAAGCUAAAUAGUUUGAUUUCUA